UUGCUUAACUUAUCAAAAUUAACCACACAUUGUGGUGUUCUAGUAGUAUCCACUAAAGGAUGAGUGCUCUGUUGGUUCUUAUUAGCUUCAUAUGUGGCCAAGCGGAUAUGAAUUCAUGUUUACGAUCCAUUUGAAUAUCCGGGAGAAGAUCCAUUUGUGGGUUGCACCUCCAACCUGAAAUAUAGGUAUCCAGAUCUCUAAUUUAGUCUGAUUAUCCCACCGUGUUCAACCGGAACUGACGAGGAAGGUCCUGGAGACCAAACGGAAACCAUGUUAAAUCCGCUGUGGCCGGAACUUGAACUCGUGAUGGUAGGCACCUUAGCCCGAGGUUCCUUUACCACCAGACCACGAGGCCCGGUUUCGAGCAAUAAUAUUCAAGUUGAUGUUCAAACAUUCCAAGUCCUUUUAAAUGAUAUAUUAGACCUUGUGAUUAUUAAAGACGAUAUUCUUGACCAAAAAUACUAAUAUCGAUGGUCAUGAACUUAGAUGGUGUGUAAAUUUGAUUGUAGAUGUUGGAUCCACUAACGGCUCUAGUGUAUGCUGUGCAAGUCAUGAACUUUCUAAAGACCCUUAUUGUAAAGACGCUUAAAGAACGGAAAGAGUCUCGAUAUAGGUUGGUUCAAGCCUCGAACCCGGGUCCUCGGGACGAGAGUGGUGAUCAGAGAAGCAGACAGUUGUUGCAUCUCAUGGAAGCUAACAAGGAGGAAGCUGUAGAUACUGUUGAGGUCGAAAUGAAAGACAAAGAAGAGUCUGAAGAAGAAGAAUAUGCAGAUGGUUGGGAGGAGAAGAGGAAAAGGAAGAUGGAGAGGACAAUGUCGACUAGUAGUAUUGUUGGACGUGUGAAUUACAGAGUUGAGCUUUUUGAAGCUUGGCGAAGAAAAAAAGGAUUACAUUCAUUCAUGUUUUUGAUCCAACUUUGGGAUUUUCUUGAUUUUGGUUUUGUGGGAGGGUUGCUUGUGUAUCAAGAAAUGCUGCAUGUCUGCAUAUAAUGUGAAAGAUAAAUUUUUGCUUCG